AUGCAGCUAGUGAAGAAAGAGGUCGAGCGAGAAUGCACACAUUUAUGUUCCAAGAAGAAUCCCAGUUGUUUUAGAAAGACAGACAAAGAAGACAUGCUCGAUUUUUCUAUGGAGAAACUCUGUUCAGAGGUAGAGGACAGGGCACCGAUGCUACACACCGUUUUAUCAGCUGCUGCUAUCAACAGAAGAAGCAGAGCUGAAACUGAAACUCCAGCUGCUAGAUUUGGUGCUGUUGGGAUGGCUGCUGCUGUGUGCCUCAGAAACCGAUCGAGAUACAUGAUUGCAGUGCAGUUCCUGAUCACUAAUUUCCUAUAUCAUUCAAACUGGCUGGUAGGUACUAAAAUUGUCACUUUGUAGUCACCACUCUUAAAUUUAAUUAUCAUGUAUGGAUCAAGACUAGGUGUAUUUUCAUGACAUUCAUAAUCAACACAUUUGUCAUUUGUUUGGCUCAACUAAUUAAAGAAAUAUUUCUGUCCAGGUCUUGGCUCAUUAAAUCUAAUAAAUUUAUUGCUAUGUAUUAAAACCAUAUGCGAAGAGUACCAAAACAGAUUAUUUGCAAGGUCUUUUUAUGUAAUCUGAUCAUAAAUGUUGUUUAUCUUACUGCUGUGUACUUAUUCUUUUUGUAUACCUAUUUUUUGUACAUUUUAAAAAUUUGAUUUGUAUAUCAUCAACAGAUAGGUUAUCAGCAGGUCCACAUCAGUUUUAGCUGCCUCUUAACCUGCUUUACCAAAUAAACUAUGAAUGAAUGAAUGAAUGAAUGAAUGUCAUUCAGCAUGAUUAAAAAUAUAACUUUCAUUCCUUUUUGACAAAUAGGUAAAUAGAUCCAAGCUUUCACCAAUUGACAGUGUUCAUUGGUGACAGCUUGAAUCUCAAUUUUCUUUUUUAAACAGUAGGGCCACACUAUAAAUGAUAAUAUUUUUUUCUUCUGCUUAUGUGGUUUGGGUAAAAACUAUCUAUAUGAUAGCUAAUGAUAGUGCACAUUGUGAUCAACAGGCUUCACUAGCAAGGCUGAGCACUCUGAGGAUUACAACAAGCCAUACCUACCUGUACAAGAAGCUCGAUGAAUUUGGCAAGGACCAUGACAAGCCUAUCCGUGAAGCAGUUGCCAGGCAAAGUGAGUAUAUGGCCAGUGUGCGUGACCAUCCAUCUGCGGAAAAUGAAGAUCAGCGUUCAGAGAAAUCUACCAAGUCCACGUGCCACACCCCAGACUGUGGGCGCAAGAUGGUCUUUGACAACCUGGAUUACAGCCAGGAGGUCCACUGGAUGACGGAAGACCAUCAAAACACCGAUUGCCAUUAUGUAACUGCAAUGUCAACUGACAAUAGGGUGCCUGGUAUGGGGUUAAGUACUGAAACACCACAGUUUGGAUUGCUUGAUAUGGAGAAUGGGGAUUGUCUGCCAUCUGCCCUCAAUAAUGCCAAGCAGCGAGAUAACUAUGUCAAGCUUGUUGAGAGAAUAAUAGUCAAUAACAUUCCGUGUCUUGAAUACCUGGCCAGUGCAUGUACCAACCACAUUCCCCAUCAAGGCACUAUAUGCGAUACGUGGGCCGGCUGCACCGCAGGCUAUUCUGAGUCGGUUGAAAAAUUCUCGGCAUAGGAAAAAUCAGCCAGAUAUAGGCCUUACACAGUGGGAAUAAAUCACAUAACAAGAAGCUGAAGGCCUAUCAUUCUCACUUAGCGGACUUCUUCAUGAUUCAAUUCUAGCCGGCUACGCGUAGCGAGACACCCCCACCCCUAAAAAAACCAGGGGAGGAAACGUCUGCGAAAAGGUGGUGCGCAUCGAUACAGAUAGGCUAAAUCCCGAUCACAUGAAUUAAAAGAAAAGGCUAGAUAAAUGACUAAUAGCUAUUAUUCCGGAAUUUUUGCUAAGUACAUUGAAGUUUGAAAUUAAAAAAGCAGAAACACAAUUUAAAAAAACAGUUAGGUCCAAGCUAGAAAAUGCUUUCUAAUUUCUUGUUUUCCAAGCCAAAAAAUGUAGGAAAUGCUAAGUGUCGACCGACCAUCGACCGAGUGUCGACCAAUUACUGACCGAUACAUCGGUCAAGUAUCGACCAACUAUCGACCAACUAUCGGCGAAGUGUCGGCGAAGUGUCGGCGAAAUGUCGGCGAAGUGUCGGUGAACGAAAAGCUAUAUCGGCCGAGACACAUCUGGAACGACUAUCGACCGUGUCUCGACCGAGUGUCGACCGACUAUCGACAGACUAUCAACCGACUAUCUGCCGCUAUGUCGACCGUCGACCGAGUAUCGACCUAGUGUCGACCGAGUAUCGAGCGACUGUCGACCGACUAUCGACCGAGUGUCGACCACUAUAUCGACCGCUAUAUCGACCGAUAUCUCAGUCGACAUUACCCACAGUAAACAAGAUCCAGUAAAUUUACCAUUUUUGCUUUGUUUUACAUUGUAUUUGUGGGUAAUUUUCUAAGUACAAGCCCCCGGGGGGCUUAUAUUUGGAGGG